UUUUUUUUCUUCCCUUCUUGUAUUCUUCUCCCCCCCCCCUCCCUUCUCCUCCCCCCUCCUCGCAUGUUUCCGCUCGCGAGGUAGACCGACUUUACAUGCGGGCGUUUCGGUGAGAAGUAGGAAAUGCAGAGAUCGUGCGCGACGGGCGGAUUAUCAGCUUGACUCGUUCGGUCGCCACUUCGGACGCGGAACUCCACUCGGCUCAAAAGGUGAAUCAUGACAGAAUAUAAGCUGGUAGUAGUGGGAGCUGGUGGCGUUGGCAAGAGCGCCCUUACCAUUCAGCUUAUCCAGAAUCACUUUGUGGAUGAAUAUGACCCCACCAUUGAGGACUCCUACAGAAAGCAGGUAGUGAUUGACGGAGAGACGUGUCUGCUGGACAUCCUGGACACUGCAGGUCAGGAGGAGUACAGCGCCAUGAGGGACCAGUACAUGAGGACAGGGGAGGGCUUCCUCUGUGUCUUUGCCAUCAAUAACACCAAGUCCUUUGAGGACAUUCACCACUAUAGAGAACAGAUUAAGCGGGUGAAAGACUCUGAGGACGUCCCCAUGGUGCUGGUGGGGAACAAGUGUGACCUCCCGUCCCGGACAGUGGACACCAAGCAGGCUCAGGACUUAGCACGCAGCUACGGAAUUCCCUCUAUCGAGACCUCAGCAAAAACCAGACAGAGAGUGGAAGAUGCCUUUUACACUCUGGUACGGGAGAUCAGGCUGUACCGGCUCAAUAAGCUCAGCAAGGAAGAAAAGACGCCGCGCUGUGUCAAGCUUAAAAAGUGUGUUGUGAUGUGAAAGGGGGCGUUGACGAUGCCUUUUACACAUUAGUGCGAGAAAUCCGGAAGCAUAAGGAGAAGAUGAGCAAGGAGGGCAAAAAGAAGAAAAAGAAAUCCAAGACAAAGUGUACACUCAUGUGAAUAAUCACCCCUUUUCAAGACAGACUAAAAAAACAAAAAACAAACUAUGUUGAACAGUUCAAGUAAUACAUUUUGUACAUUACACUAAAUUAUUAGCUCCUUAUCAAUACCCACUAUACUGAAUACUAAACCUGACCUGAUUUUUCUGCCUUUCUGAUAUUUGCUACUUUGACACAGAUAAGCUUUAUUUUCAGUUUAGUGCCAGUUGCCCUCAUGUGUUGGUCCAGAUUGAUUUUAUAGGAUGAUGUUGAUUUGGAUUAUUUUACAUGUGAGCUAAUUGCAUCAUAGCUCAUGUUUGACAAAAAUUAUUCAUUAUUAGCUUUUUUUCUCCCUAGCUUAAUAGGGCAUGACCUGCAAAAGUUCUCUAAUGCCCUUUUUAAGUGCGGGAUGCCAAAGAAAGAAUUUCCCUUCCGAUUCUCAUAGACAAACAGACAUGAGGAGAGGAUCAAGAUUCAGCCAGAUGAGAUCCAAAUGUCCCAGCCACUGUCUAAUGUUCCCAUUUAGUUGUGUCACUGAUAUAAGUAUGCAUGCAAACUCUUAUUCUUCUCCGAAUGUUUUUAACACCCUAAUUAGCUAUUAAUUAAUUUGUCAAUGUUUUGUACUUUGUGGGGAGUGAUUUCUUGCCUAUAUAUUUUUUUUGCAUGCACGUGUCCUUGAUGACAUGAGUACUGCAAACUGCCUUUGGUUGAUGCAUUUAACAGAUCCAGCCACGAUGAAAUCUGACCCAAGUGUAGCUUUUCAGGUCCAUAACCAAUAAUCAAUAUUUGCUUUUGUGAGAAAGAAUUCAAAGAUGCCACGCCACAAGCUAAUGUUGGACAGCUUGUUUGACCUCACCGAUUACAUACUUCCUGGUUGGUUUUUUUUUACUCCAAGGCUCGACUGCAGUACUGUUUUUAUAGAUCCUGACAAAAAUCAUAUUAUUGAAAUUUGUUACACAAGUUUUGUCCCUCAAAUUGACGAACUAUUAAAGAGUCAAUCUCUCUUGUCAAUCUCCUGUUGGUGAACCUAGUAUUUAAACAGUGUUUGUUGGCUGAAAUACAAAAAUUUGAGGAUUUGUGAUUCGCCAGUAGCCGGCCACAGAGGUGUCGCGCGCCUUGCACGUUUCCCUGAGCCGUCGACUCGUUCGCUUGUGACUGGCUACAAAGCAAAUUGUGUCUUUUUAAGCAGCUUUCAGGAAUCUUGCUCUUGGUGUGGUGUCACGGAGGUUGUUCAGAUUCUUCCCUAUGUCUUAUAUUUAAUUUCCGUAAAUGUUGACAUUUUUUGGGGGGGGUGGGCUGCCUUUCAACAGAAAGCAACGACAGUCGAGCAGAAUAAUUAUUAAUUUUCUCUCUCGCGGCUCACGCGUCAUGGUGAUGUAACAGGAACUGAUGUUUGUAAAUGAGGCAACAAUUGCCAUUAAAUUGGUUUUUAGAGGAAAUCCCAGUUUGGUUCCCGGGUCAACCCAUAUUUCACCUUUUCCUUCAAAUUUUCAAAUGGUUUCCCGGGGGAUUUUUAUUUGCCUUUUUAUUGUUCGCAUUAGGUGCUACAUUUAAACAGGAAAAGCAAGAGCCGGGACAACAUUUACUUUGUCCCGUGUGCGCUCUGGAAAUACACAAAAUGCUGUUUUAGGGGCGUGAUGGUGUUGACACAGAAAAUCCGGACGUGAUACCUUUUGCUUUCAGGAUAAAUGAGUUUUGACCCAGUUUAUUAUUACCUCCUUUUUAUUUUCAUGAAGUAGAUAAUAACUGUUAAUGCAAUUUUUAAUUAAGGAACCAUCUUAUUAACAAUACUGUUUCAGAAAAUGGUUUUACUGAAAUGUUUGAAAUGUUCCUCUUCCUUUAUUGCGUGCCAACAGCUGAUUUCUGAAAUGUAUCAUUUAUACCUGGAUCGUAUUUUAACAACCUUUGUAUAGUUGUGAUACUGAAAGGUGCAUAUUUUGUAAAUUGUGCUUCAUUUCAUUGGUGUGUCUAGAUGAAUGUUGCUUUAAUGGAGUUUCACUCCGCUCUGUGUAUGUGACUACAGUGUGACUGGUCCAGGUCUAGGGAAGUGAAUGAAUGACCACUUUACAACACACCUGUUGUGGGCAGUGUGGAGUGGUAAUCUGAUCUCAAAUGAGUCUAUUUUUUGCCAUGAAUCUCACCACUCCUAUUUAAUGUGUAAUAAAGAACAAAGUAAAGAGGAA